AUGUAUAAAAAAUCAAUAACUCGCAUUGAAAAAGAAAACGAAAGUAGUCAAGCUGAACUAAGUAAUCCAGCUUUGCAAGAUAUAAUAGCAACAAAUCAUGUCAUGUUAGCCAAGAAAUCACACAACGAACGAUUCUCCCGGGCAUGUAAAGCAGUGAUAAUUAUGAUUAUUCUCGGACUUAUUGCUGUUGGUAUUAUUGUAUUAACAGUAGUUCUCGCACAUUCGCGUAAUAGUCUCAUGGCAAUCGCUGUAAGAUCUUCCGAAGCGAAUUUGUCGCAAUUAUCAAAUCAUACUCGAUUGCUCUUCAUACCUCAAGAAAAUCUCAUCACAAUAAGCAAUGAACUACGAGAAAAUGAAACUUGGCAAAAGGCUAUUGUCAGUUUGACAAGUGAUAAUUUACCUGUGUUAACAACUACAAACGUUCAUCUAUCAUCAACGAUGAUGAGUACAGAACAGCAAAACGAAGAUACCUCAACGAUAAGAUUUUCUCCAUUAACAAAUCGAAUUUUUAAUGAACAAACAACUGACACACCUACUCAUCUUCCUACAAUAAUGAUAUCAACACAGAAGAACGAAGAAGUCUUGCUAACAACAUUGGAAAGUCAAGAACAUCUUCAAACAACUUCUAUUAAUCCCGAGACAAGUAUAGCUGAUAGUACUUCAAUUUCAAUUACAGAUUCAAUAACGUCAUCGGUACCCGAACAAACGUCGUUUACGACUUUCCUAACACGUCAUUUUAAUAUUGAAUCAUCAACAAUGACAACGAAGAAAGUGAUUCGAAGCACUGGACUGAUGGAUAAACUCAAAGCAAAAAUCGAUGAUGAUCUUAUGAAUGAACUUCUAUUUUCAUAG